AUGGAUAGUGCUAAGAUUGUUAACUUUAUCAUUGCUUUGUUUCUACCUCCUCUAGCCGUUUUUUUGGCCCGCGGCUGGGGUAAAGACUGUAUUUUGGACUUAAUUCUGACCAUCCUGUUCUUUUUCCCGGGAAUGCUGUACGCAUUGUACGUCGUGUUGACUGACUAA